AAAAGCUCCAGUGUAUGGUUUUAACCGACGGCAUUAAAUUGUAAACAUUAGCAACCGGGGCUACUCCUCUCUGUCGCUGGGAUGGAAAUAUAAGGUUAACCACAAGGUGUGGAACCAAACAUUGCUCUUCAGUGCAUGGACGCAAAGCCAAUGCGCAGGGCCACCAGCGCACGCCAAGACACCACUGGAAUGGACAUCACCAGCCGCUGUACUCUGGGGGACCCCAACAAGCUCCCUGAAGGGGUCCCCCAGCCCGCGCGCAUGCCCUACGUCUCGGACAAACACCCGCGGCAGACCCUGGAGGUGAUCAAUCUGCUGAGGAAACACAGAGAGCUCUGUGACGUGGUGCUGGUGGUGGGUGCCAAGAAGAUUUACGCCCACAGAGUCAUCCUGUCCGCCUGCAGCCCCUACUUCAGGGCCAUGUUCACUGGAGAGCUGGCUGAAAGCAGGCAGACCGAAGUGGUCAUCCGUGACAUCGAUGAGAGAGCCAUGGAGCUGCUCAUUGACUUUGCCUACACCUCACAGGUGACGGUAGAGGAGGGGAACGUUCAGACUCUGCUCCCUGCGGCUUGCCUGCUGCAGCUGGCUGAGAUCCAGGAGGCCUGCUGCGAGUUCCUCAAGAGGCAGCUGGAUCCCUCCAAUUGCCUGGGCAUCAGGGCCUUCGCUGAUACACACUCCUGCCGCGAGCUGCUCCGCAUCGCAGACAAAUUCACUCAGCACAAUUUCCAGGAGGUCAUGGAAAGCGAGGAGUUCAUGCUGCUGCCCGCCAACCAGCUGAUCGACAUCAUUUCCAGUGAUGAGCUCAACGUGCGUAGCGAGGAGCAGGUUUUCAACGCUGUGAUGGCCUGGGUCAAAUACAGCAUCCAGGAACGCAGACCGCAGCUACCACAGGUGCUGCAGCAUGUCCGUCUGCCGCUGCUCAGCCCAAAGUUCCUGGUGGGCACCGUGGGUUCAGACCCUCUCAUUAAGAGUGACGAGGAGUGCAGAGACCUGGUCGACGAGGCGAAGAACUACCUGCUGCUGCCACAGGAGAGGCCACUGAUGCAGGGCCCGAGAACCAGGCCGAGGAAACCAAUCCGCUGUGGAGAAGUUCUCUUUGCAGUCGGUGGUUGGUGCAGCGGUGAUGCCAUUUCCAGCGUGGAGCGUUACGAUCCUCAGACCAACGAGUGGCGGAUGGUGGCGUCAAUGAGCAAACGGCGAUGUGGAGUCGGUGUCAGCGUCCUGGAUGACUUGUUGUAUGCAGUGGGAGGUCACGACGGCUCGUCUUACCUUAACUCAGUUGAAAGAUAUGAUCCUAAGACCAAUCAGUGGAGUAGUGACGUGGCGCCCACCAGCACUUGUCGCACCAGUGUAGGCGUGGCUGUCCUCGGUGGUUAUCUGUACGCUGUGGGGGGACAGGAUGGGGUUUCCUGCCUCAACAUUGUUGAAAGGUAUGAUCCUAAGGAGAACAAAUGGACUCGUGUUGCCUCCAUGAGCACCAGGCGACUGGGUGUAGCCGUGGCUGUGCUGGGGGGAUUCCUGUACGCUGUAGGAGGGUCUGAUGGGACGUCGCCAUUAAAUACAGUGGAACGUUACAACCCUCAAGAGAACCGCUGGCACACAGUGUCUCCCAUGGGGACCAGGAGGAAACAUCUCGGCUGCGCGGUCUACCAAGACAUGAUUUACUCUGUCGGAGGCAGAGACGACACCACAGAGCUGAGCAGUGCUGAGCGUUACAACCCCAGAACCAACCAGUGGUCUCCUGUAGUUGCCAUGACGUCUAGACGGAGCGGGGUGGGCUUGGCUGUGGUCAAUGGUCAGCUGAUGGCAGUAGGAGGCUUUGACGGGACGACGUAUCUCAAAACUAUAGAAGUCUAUGACCCUGAUGCCAACACAUGGAGGUUGUACGGAGGAAUGAACUACCGCCGGCUAGGUGGAGGCGUGGGCGUCAUUAAAAUGACUCACUGUGAAUCCCACAUCUGGUAACCAACACCACUCCCCCAAAACACACACAUACACCCACUCGCUUCUCGUCACGUUGCAACGGAUGCCUCUGUUCACUGACUCUCGUGCCACCAAAAGAGACGCUGAUAGGUUAUUCACGCGAGGAUGAGAGGAAUGUUGGGGGAGACGAGACCGAAAGCGGAACAAACUUUUGAACUCUGGUUCAUCCCAAACCCCCCACUCCGAGGUCAUUAACUUUGAAAACCCUUGUCGUCUUCAGUGAUUUGACCACGGUCACCAUGAAGUGCACUGAGAGCAGAAGUCUAACCAUUAAGCCUCCAGUUUGGAGAGGACUGGCAGUUACAAGUCCUUCUCCGGUGACCUCACCACGUUUCCUUCCCCUAAGCUACUCGAUCAAAAUGGGACUUGACCGAGACUGUUACCAGGGGAGAUUGUCCUACGUUUCUAAGGCUCAGAGGAAAUGAGAAGUUCGGCAUCAGGUCACCGGAAGAUGGCUUUUUCAGUCUUUCCAGCUGUCUUUCCCUUAAUUUCUGGCAAGCGAGUACCACCCUGAAUGACUGAAACGAAACUAAGUACAGCAGCCAGCGGACCAGCAAACUUUCUGUUCAUUGUUGAGGUUGAUUCUUUCCUGGAGACACAACAUGACAUACUGACUGUCCAACGUCAAUCUACGCUCUCUCAUCCUGUCUCUACAUAGCUUUAGUCCAGGCUGUGAAGCAUACAUCUCAGCUGAGACUGUUGUGUCUCUGGGCCUCAUGUGUAGCAUUAAACAGUUCAAUGAAGGCGUCUGGAUACCCAGAGAUGUAAAAAAAACACGUCUUUCACCAGUCAUUGCCACCAAUAAAGAUUGUCAGCAGGAGAUAGAUGAGUAUGAGGAAGUUGGUGCCACCCAAACUUUCAGUUGUUGAAUGUGACCCUUUACACCUUAACAGGGGGCUACUGUAGCUGUUUGUUACCUUGGGUUUUAGUUCAGAUUCUGUCAAUGUGGUCUUUUAGUCCAUCUUACCCCUUCAAUGUAAAGGUCUCCAAAAUGAUCCAAUUCUCGUCAACAGUUGAUUCUUGACUCCAGUGUUCAAUCCUGACACCUCUGUAUGCUUUAAAUGGACUAUGAUGCCGAACCAGGUCUAAGGGCAAAGUCCCAAAAGCCUCACAUAAUGUCCGUGAGCCUUGUGGUUCAUUUGUCUGUGUUGUGUCCAAGUGAUGAAUCAUACAAAUGCAGUAACGGUGCACAAAGCGUUCAUAGUGGUGCACUCAGGUGUUGACUAAAUUAGUUCCUAUCCUGCCUACUUUCCCGCCUUCACACACCUGGUACACCUAGUCAGUCACUGUAUUAACUGGCCCUAAAUGCCACAUUGUUGUAAAAAAAAGUUGAGUAAAGUCUAAAUUCAGAAAGAGGGUUUCAGAAGCUGGAGGAUUGUCCGACAAGUACUUUAGAAGCAUACUGACACUGUAAUACUGACAUAUACCAGCUUUACCCCACCAGUGGGAAAAAGUGAGCUUUCAAGAAUAAUGCUGAGUUUUCUAUAUUUUCUUAUUGUCAUCCAAUCCCAUGAAAGUGACGAAAUGAUGUGUUAGUCUAUCUUUCCACACUCCGCCCACUUUCUCAGCCAUUCACUCCUACUGAAUAUGUUCAACUGUAAAAUCCUGUCACACAUGUAUAGUUAAACUUUCUAAGAAAAAAUAAAAAAAGGCUCAGCUGACUACUGCAGUUACCCCAAAGUGUGCUAAAACAGAAGGAAAGUGUGCAUUGGUUACUUUCAGCUGCAGAUUAAUACUGAUUUUUGUGCACUGUUGAGUUUUUCUGCCAGCAGCACGGUGUGUGUGGGACUGAGUCAAAAUAAAGUUGUGUGUAUGUGUGUGUGUGUGUGUGUGGUG